UGAAUUAUAUUUAAUAAUUUAUAUAAUGUGCAUAAAGAAUAUUUUAUCUAGUGCUGAAACAACAAUUUUUGCUGCAUAAUUUAAGAACAAUAUGAAACAAUUGACAAAAUAUUAGUUAUAAUUAAUAUUUUUAUUAAUAAGAAGAUAAAAAAUCAAGAAGUAAUCGGUAUUUACAAAAGAUACCGUUACACGAUGCGAAAAUAGCUCCAGUGAGAACAUAGCAUAGAAUCGGAACUCGAUCGAAGUCGAAUGUCAGGAAUCGAUCGUUGAAUUUUUGAUGUCUUUCUCUUUUUCACAUAGAAAAACCAAAGAUUUAUAAUAAAUAAUUAAUCAAUAGAAAAAAAAUCACCAAGAAAGAUUAUUGAUCAAUUUUUUAUAAUAAUACUCCAGCAUACAAAUGCAUGUUUACAUGCGAGCGAACCAAAACAUUAAUGACCUUGAAAGAGAAAUAAUCACGUGACUGUCAGAAAGCAUAAGGAUUGGAUAGUCGAGACGCAUAUAAUGUGUAUUGCGCUGUGCGCGCCCUAUGUCCCGCAUUCCGUGUCCGAUAGAUGGUAGAGGUUUAGCGGGGGAAAAGGGGUAAAAGACAGACUACGCGACGGCUACGACGACGACGGCUACGACGACGAGGACGACAAGAAAGACGAGAGAGUGUGUCGCCGUUCGCCCGUACGUCCGUUGUGUGUGUGCGCGCGCGUUGCUCGGUUGUGUUGUCCAAGAUGAAGUCCGACUCUAAACCUUUGUUGACAGCUCAGGCGGAAAAGGCGAAUCAUUACACGUAAGUAAGCGCCCGCCGGGCCGGUCGCGUGCUACGUGAGAGAAAAGUGAGAAUAAAAGUCAAAGCCAAAAAGUGCGUGAUUCAAAAAGUGGAGUGCUAAAAAGAAAAUUAUAUAAAAAUAAUAAUAACAAUAUAAAACACAUAAUAAUAUAUGCCUCUAUCCAUGCAUAAAUAAAUAAAUAAUAAAAGAAAAAGAAAAGAAAGAAAGAACGGAAAAAGAGGGAGGGCCGCGCGAGCAGCAGCGCGGCAUCGACGCGCGCGUCAAAAAACGCCACGAAAUAAUGUGUAGCUCUGUGGAUUCGCAUUCCAGAUACUUGAAGGAAUUUCGCGUCGAACAAUGUCCCCUCUUUAUACAGCGCAAAUGCACACAGCACCGACCCUUCACGUGCUUCAACUGGCACUUUAUGAACCAGCGGAGGCGUAGACCGGUGAGAAAGAGGGACCGCACCUUCAACUAUAGCGCCGAUAAUUAUUGCACCAAGUACGACGAGACCACCGGCAUAUGUCCAGAUGGAGAUGAGUGUCCAUUCCUUCAUCGCACUGCUGGUGAUACAGAAAGGCGUUAUCAUCUACGUUAUUAUAAAACUUGCAUGUGUGUUCAUGAUACAGACACACGUGGAUUCUGUGUCAAGAAUGGUCCUCAUUGUGCCUUUGCACAUGGCAAUCAUGAUCUUCGUCCACCUGUCUAUGAUAUUAAAGAAAUACAGGCAUUGGAAAAUCCUGAUUCCGAUCCUAAUUCAUCAUCUAAUGGACCAAACAUACUUGAUAAAGAACGGAAUUUGAUGAAUGAAGAUCCCAAAUGGCAAGAUACAAAUUACGUACUAAGCAAUUAUAAAACAGAACCUUGCAAACGUCCACCUAGACUUUGCAGACAAGGUUAUGCUUGUCCACAAUAUCAUAAUAGUAAGGAUAAAAGGCGUAGUCCACGCAAAUAUAAAUACAGAUCAACACCAUGUCCUAAUGUGAAACAUGGAGAAGAAUGGGGUGAACCAGGCAAUUGUGAACAAGGAGAUGCUUGUACCUAUUGUCAUACACGAACAGAGCAACAAUUCCAUCCUGAAAUAUACAAAUCUACAAAAUGUAACGACGUCCAGCAAGCUGGAUAUUGUCCACGCGGAGUCUUCUGUGCAUUUGCACAUGUUGACCUGUUGCCAACAGAAGAAAUGAGCCUGGCGAGGGACAUGGCAGUACCUAUAGAUUGUGGCACCAAUUUGGCAGAUAUCCUAAGUAAUGCGCUUCCACCUGAUAAGCGUACUCAUGAAAAAGAUAAACCACUUAGCGAUAGUAGUAAUGGAAGUGGCGAAGUAUCAGAAUCAGCAAGUACUAGCAGUGUUGGUAGCAAUAGUUCACAUAGUAAAGCUCCUGGUGCUCAACUUCAUAAUUCAAAUUCCAAUAAUACUGUAAACACUUCCAAUCAACAAAAAUUAACGAGUAUACUUUAUAAUCCCAGUUCUCUAUUGCAAGUUGGUGAAAUACGAAAACAAAUGGUUGCUAUAGAUAGUGAUCCUUUAUUAACAAAAGCAGAGAAAGCUCAACAGAAACAAAGCCUAUAUAUUGCUUAUAGUUUGAAUGGAACUUUAGGUAGUCAUUCGUUAGCAACUACUGUUUCACCACUUUCAAGUUCAUUUUAUCCAAAUGAUACUGUGGAAUCUGUAGUAGGAAGUGCAUUAGAUGAGUUACACUUAGAUGAUCCCUUAAAUUUAGUAGAAUCAAUUCAUAGGGAUACUAAUUCACCAAUUAGCAAUUCAAUAUCGGCAGGCCUAGCAAGUUCCGGACUAUUAGGAAGUUCUGCACCAGUUAAUAUUCCUGGAAUGAAUGAACGUUCCGUUCUUACAAAUUUUUCGCCAUCCACAUCCAGUCCACUUCAACAUCUACACUCAACUGGUUUUCUUACUGGAUCCAGAUUUUCUCAUCAGGAUUCAAUAGAAUCGACAAUACCAUUUAUGAAUCAAGUAUCAGAUCCAUUUAGCAAUCAUAUUUCACAACUUAGCAGUUCAGCUUCUAAACUUAGCGGAUUUAAUAGUAGCUUAUUUGAUUUUACAAAUCAAGGAAUGUCUCCAUCUCGUACUCAACCUCUCCCAGCAUCUCCAUUGGUUAAUGCAUUUUCCAUUAGUCCAAGUAACACAGGAUCUUUAUCUGAGGUACAAAGGCUUAGAGAAGAAUUGACGUCAAGUCGUGCCCAACUAGCAACAUGGGAUGAGCGUAUUAAUCAAGCAAGAGCUGCUUGUGCUGCUUGGCAAUUGGAAAGUGAGGAAGCUAAAAGAAAAGCAAGUAUCGCUGAACAGCAAAGAGAUGAGGCCUUGUUGCAAGUAAAAGCAUUAAGGGUAGAAAAUGAAGCAUCUAGUGGUGGACCAUACCUUCAUACAUUGAGAAGAACAAGUGAGCUCAGAUCAUUAUCGAUAGCCGCAUUAAAAUCAAUUCAAUCACAGCUCCGUUCGGAUCUUGAAGAAGUAGAAAAGGUGCUGUACAGAGAAACGGCAACAAAGUGCAUGGUUUGUGAAGAACAAAAUCGCACUGUUACCCUCUCACCGUGUAAUCACUACGUGGUCUGCUCGACGUGCGCUCCAAAUCAACGAGAGUGCCCGUACUGCCAGACUCCGGUUGUUUCUACAAGUUAGGUCCGAAUAUUUUGUUAGAAUGCCCGUUGUUAUAAUCUCUA